GUGGCGCUCCCACCGCCUUUCCCUCAGAGCCACCUGACAGCAGCGUGCAGCCAAGGAAGCCCAGGAAGGCUUCAGGGGCUCGAGGAACGCAGCGACCUGGAUUGACUUCUUUUCCGAGGGAGGGGGGGACAAGGCCAGGUCUGUGCCACGGCUCUGAAACCCAGCGGGGGGGGGAAAUCAUCGGCGGGAUUAUCGCUGCUUUUAUUUCUUCCCUGGAGCUCCUUUCCUCGUUCUCACUGUUCUCUGUGCAAGCUUUUUUUUCUUUCCCCCCUCUCUCUCUCACUGGGAAGAUGGUGAGACGCGGGAGUCUUGCCUUGCCGGCGAACAUGGUGACCCUCACCCUCGGCCUCCUCCUCCUCACCUCGGCCGCCGCGGCCGAGGAGUACGACUACUACAGCUGGCAGUCGGACAACUUCCACAACGGGCGCUUCUACGCCAAGCAGCCGCAGUGCGUGGACAUCCCCGCCGACCUGCGCCUCUGCCACGACGUGGGCUACAAGAAGAUGCGCCUGCCCAAUCUGCUGGACCACGAGUCCAUGCCCGAGGUCAAACAGCAGGCGGGCAGCUGGGUGCCGCUGCUGGCCAAGCGCUGCCACGGCGACACGCAGGUCUUCCUCUGCUCGCUCUUCGCGCCCGUCUGCCUGGACCGGCCCAUCUACCCGUGCCGCUCACUCUGCGAGGCAGUGCGAGACAGCUGCGCCCCCGUCAUGGAGACCUACGGCUUCCCCUGGCCGGAGAUGCUGCAGUGCGACAAGUUCCCCAUCGACAAUGACCUCUGCAUCCCCAUGCAGUUCUCGGGCAACCACGCCACCCAGACCCCAGCUUCCAAAGUCUGCCCUCCAUGCGACAACGAGCUGAAGGCGGACACCAUAAUGGAGCACUUCUGUGCCAGUGACUUUGCUCUGAAGAUGAAGAUCAAGGAGGUGAAGCGGGAGCGGGGCGACCGCAAGCUGGUGGCGGCGCAGAAGAAGAAGAAGGUGCUGAAGCUGGGCGUUCUGCGCAAGAAGGACCUGAAGAAGCUGGUGCUCUACCUGAAGAACGGAGCCGACUGCCCCUGCGCCCAGCUGGACAGCCUGGGCAGCAGCUUCCUCAUCAUGGGCCGCAAGGUGGACCAGCAGCUGCUGCUCAUGUCCAUCCACAAGUGGGAGAAGAAGAGCAAGGAGCUCAAGUUUGCCGUCAAGUACAUGAAGUCUCACCAGUGCCCCACCUACCACUCUGUCUUCCAGUGACCCCCACCCCCUCCUCACACUCACACACACACACACACACACACAGGCAUACACAUUAACCCCCCCAGAACACUCUCGUCACAUUGCCUCAAAAUAAAGCACCCUCCGAUUCAACCUCUUUCCGAUUAAUGGUAGCAACAGAGGCCUAAAUUCAACAGUAAUGACAAUCUGGCGAGUGUGCGUCAUGUGUGAAAUCACCACUGGGGCACAACUUGUGAGGAAAAUGGGAUAGCCCUUGGUGUGGUCACUCUCUCUGUGCUUAGUCAUAAAGCCAUUUAUAUUCUUCCAAUAGCAAUGGAUGAAGAAAAGUGCAAAAAUUCAAAGGGGGAAAUUUGCAGUAGAGGAUGGGUUUUUGGGAGGUGGGCUUUAAAAAAUUUCUGUUACGGAUGCAAGAGAGUCAGUUGGAGAGUCAUGUGGAAAUGAAGUGGUCAAUUUUAGACAAAGACAAGCAGGGAAAAGCCAGGAGAAUUGCCUGAGAAAAACUGUACAUUCAUACACACUCACACACAAAUAGAUAUGUACAUACACACACAUGCAUACGCAUAUGCAUACCCAUAUAUAUAUAUAUAUAUAUGUGGGAGUUAUGUAGGAGGGAGCUAGGCUGACAGUGGAGGUUCUCUUCUGCUGUCAUAUGGCCUGUGUUUGUGAAGCUGCAAUAUAAUGAGAACAAAAUCUAUAUCACAGCGGAAACUCCCCUGUGCAGGUUUGUUGCGGAAGGACCGACUAGCUUAUUUUGUAGAUAUUGGAAAAAAAGUAUAUAUCUCAUAAAAAAAGUAGGCUGUUAAUACGAAACCUAGGUGAGGUGGGGACAUUGGAUGUGUGAGCCCUCCUUUCAAAGGGAGGGGGACGAUGGAGCGAAGCUGUCACAGACUGUUCUACAGCGCAGCGCCCACUGUGGGCCAUCGGCGAAACUGCAGGCAGCGCCCGGAACGCUCUCCUGCUCUGGAAGUGGACACAGCUUGGACACAGGCCCCCUUCGGACUGGACCAGCGUCAGUUUGUGAGAUCUCUGGCCACUGUUGUUUGUGUUAUUCACAGUUGUUAUCAUAAAACGUUUCCUCUUCUUUCAAAACUGAUAUUAUCAUUUGCUUCAAAUAUACACCUUAUGGUAUGGAAACAAGAAUCUACAGACAUAGC